AUGAAGAAUUCUGAGCCAAAGCCGGUGAUCAUCGAGAGUACGACCAGAGCGGCGGUCACUGUAAUCAACGACAUCUCACCGCCGCAACCGUCGGCACCCAACAAAACCGGUUGCGAGAAACCAAACUUUACCAAGAAUUGUGUACAUUUCAAUCAAAAGGAUCUAGUUAAAGGGGACGUACAGCGUUUGACCGGUGCCUGGAAGGUCGUCAACUCUGUGGUGGUGUGUACGGGAACGGCCAAGUUGUUUACCGACAGCAACCAAUGGAAUGCGGUGUUGAGUGGGAAGCGUUCGGUGUUGUCGGUGCUAUUCUUGGACACCGAGAUGAUGGCAAUGCACUCGUGCACUGAGAGUCCCGACGGGCUGGCAGUUAUCGGUACGUAA